AUGCCAGCAUUUACCGAUGAAGAAUGGGAGGAGGUUUCUCAGGAGCUUCCGGCCAAAGAUGACGUCGUCAUCCAAAAGUACCUCGAGGGUCGCCAGGCCCUGAUAGACGAGGAGGGCAAGAAGCGGAGCGAUUUUCAUUUUCGCCAGUCACUAUCUCCCAUCGCCAGGAAGGCAUGUGAAAUCAUCGCAAGGAUCCGCGACGAGGAGAUGUCCUCCCUCGCCGGGGACACCACGGAGCAGACCAGGCUGUGGAAGAUAAUCCGCAAGAUGCCCAAGGGCGCUCUGCUCCACGCCCACCUCGACGCCAUGGUGGACGUUGACUACAUCCUCGAGGUCUUGCUCAACACGCCGGGCAUCCACAUCUGGUGCGAGGACUCCCACCUCGCCACGGCCGAGGCGAGAGAGACGGCGCCUAUUGUCGUUCGGUUCAAGGAGAAGGAGCACAGGGAGGGCUCCAUCUGGCGGGAAGACUACGUGCCAGGGACUCCGAUCCUCUUCACCCAGGCCGCCAACGACUACCCUGGCGGGAAGGCCGAGUUCCUGAAGUGGCUAAAGACGCGCUGCACCGUCUCGGAGACCGCCACCGUCUCGCAGCGUCACGAGCUCUCUACGCUCAUUAGCAACUUUCUCUACUACGAGCCCGUCUUUCGCGCCUUUCUGCGCCAGUUGAUGAGCACGCUCUACGCAGACGGCAUCUCGUGGAUUGAGCUUCGGUUCACCCCGCCCCCGAACUACUCCCGCAAGGGCACCUCGACGCCCGAGACCGACCACGACCACCUCUGCCAGGCCAUCGACGAAACCAUCUCGUCCUUCGCGGCCAGCCCCGACGGCCGCGGCUUCUGGGGCCUGCGGCUGAUCUGGGCGUCGUCGCCACGGCAGCCCGGCGCGCGCGCCCUCGUCGAAGACAUGGACGCCUGCAUCGCCGCCAAGCUGGCGUGGCCGCACCUGAUCGCGGGCUACGACCUCGCCGAUCCCGGCGGCGGCGGCGGUCGGCCCCUCGCCGACGCCCUCCCGGAGCUGUUCUGGUUCCGCAAGCAGUGCGCCUCCGAGGACGUCUCGGUCCCCUUCUACCUGACCGCCGGCGACACCGACCUCUUCGACGCCCUCCUCCUCGACGCCCGCCGCAUCGCCGUGCGAGCCGACGACGGUGGCGGCGGCGGCCUGCACACACACCCGUCCCUCGCCGCCGCCGUGCGCGACCGCCGCGUCCUCGUCGAGACGUGCUACGACGAUGCCUCUAGCAGCACAGGGGGGGUGGUCCUUCCCGCCCUCCUCGCCCACGGCGUGCCCUGCUGCCUCGGCCUCGGCAACAACAAGGGCAUCGUUUCCUCCUCCUCCUCCUCCUCCUGCUCCUCCAACUGGCUCGCCCUCUGCCGGUCCGGGUGGCGGCGCCGCGGCGGCGGCGGCGGCGGCGGCCGGGGCGCCGGGAUGGAUCUCGCGGCGCUGGGCUCGCUGGCCGAGAAUAGCGUCCGCUGGGCCGCGCUUGGGGACGGCGAGGAUGACAGCGGCGGGCCGGCGGAUUCGGCGGCGGAUUGGGCGCGCGAGGUCAGGGAGGCGAGUCUUGGGUCUGGGGUUAAGGCGCGGAGGCUGAGGGAGUGGGCUGUUGCGUGGGAGGGGUUCUGCUUGUGGGUUGUUACUGAGUUUGGGGGAGAGGAGGAGGAUGUGGAUAUGGGUGUAGCGGGGGCGGAGGGGGAAGGGGGAAGGAGUGACGGUGUGAGUUAA